AUGCUCGACAUGACCAAGGAGGACAUCGCCACGCUCACGGACCAGCUCCGCUUGCUGGAGGGUGAGAUUAAUGCGGUGAUGGAGCGCCGGAUUGGGUCUGAUGAUAUGAUAGGGUCCGCAACGAGCGUUUGGAAUAUCAACGUUGAAGGGAAGGCUGGUGGCGAAGAGGCGAGCCUGUUUGCAGCAGAGCUGGCGGAAAUGUACCGCACGUAUGCGAUGGAGUUCUGCAAGUGGGAGGUUUGCCCAGUGGCUAUGGACGACGGCAGUGAAGCCUGCAGCUCGAACGAGUUUCAGGUUCGUGGGGAGGGAGUCUAUCGAAACAUGCACCACGAGAUCGGCGUGCACAAGGUGCAGCGUGUACCGGUGACGGACGCCACAGGAAAGAUGCAGACAUCCACCGCGGUUUUCACGCUGAUGCCGGUGCUGGAUCCAGUGUCGGUUGAUGUUCACGAGAGCGACUGCAAGAUCGACUUCGUUCGCGGCUCUGGCCCCGGCGGACAAGGCAUGCAGAGCAGCUCCAACUGUGUGGUGCUUACGCACAAGCCCUCUGGUAUAUCUGUCAAGUGUCACCAAUGCCGCUCGGCUCUUGGAAACAAAGAGCUUGCAUUGCAGAUGGUAGCGCAGCAGAUUCUGGCACGGCGUGUGAAGGAGCAGAAUAGCUCUCUGCACAAAGCUUGGCAGAACCAAUGGAGCAGCGGGGAGCGCUCUGACAGGAUGCGAACGUACAAUUACCCGCAGAAUCGCGUGACGGACCACCGGAUUGGGAAAGACUAUGCGCUGUCCUCAUUCAUGGAGCGUGGCAGCGGCUUAAAGGCCCUCCACGACGAGCUCAACGACAUCAGCGAUCGAGAGCAGAUGACGAAUGUUCUUCUCAGGCACAUCAAAGACGGCUUUGGUAGCGCUGUAUAG